UUUCUAAUACGUUGUCUCUCUUUGUCUCCACAUGCACCCUCCUGUUCGUGCGCAUGGACUUUGCUUUCUCCAUGAUUAUCUAAUUAGUUUCUUGCAUGUGAUGCUGCUAUCUCAAGCAAAAACAGCUCAUAUUCAUCAAUCUUCUCCAUCAUUAAUAAUCAUCAUCAUUUAUCAUUGUCGUCUAGUACUUUUCCAACCUUUUCUUUCCUUCCCUUUGUCUGAUUUCUCGAGAAUGUACGUACCUGGUUCUGUGUCUUCUUCUUCUUCUGCUUCUUAACAUUGAAUGUUCAUGGGGAUUGUUAAGACUGUUUCACGGGAAAGAUAGAGGGACUAGUAGCUAAGCUGUUGCUUGCGGAUGUGGUAGCUAAGUUUUGAAGUGUUCUUCAUCCAAUCAUAACCAAAGAUGUUCGGUAAAAGAGAGCUGCAAAAGUCAAUAAAGAACCAACACAGUAUCUGAUGUUCCAAGGUUUGUGAAGAAACUUUGCUGUUCGUCUGCAGAUUUGUUCAACUGUUUGUUACUGAGAGAAAAUGAACAUGAAAAGAGGUCUGCUGUUCAUUUUCCAAUCAUUCCUCUUCUUUGGAGAAGUUCUCUUGUCAAUCACUGCUGACCCAGUUGAUGAUAAACAAGCUUUAUUGGAUUUCCUUCACAAUAUUCAUCACUCUCACCCUGUCAAUUGGCAUGAGAAUACUUCUGUGUGCAAUAGCUGGACAGGUGUGUCCUGUAGCAAUGAUAACUCUAGAGUUACAGCCCUCAGGUUGCCUGGAGUCGGUUUUCGUGGCCCAAUUCCACCCAACACUCUUAGUCGUUUGUCAGCAAUUCAGAUCCUAAGCCUCAGAUCUAAUGGUAUAUCAGGUUCUUUCCCUUAUGAUGAAUUCUCCAAGCUCAGAAACUUAACUAUCCUUUUUCUUCAAUCCAACAACUUCUCUGGCCCAUUGCCUUCAGAUUUCUCAAUUUGGAAUUAUCUCACUAUUCUUAAUCUUUCCAAUAAUGGCUUCAAUGGGAGAAUUCCACCUUCAAUAUCAAAUUUGACUCACCUCACAGCUUUGAGCCUUGCUAACAACUCCCUUUCAGGCAAUAUUCCUGAUAUAAAUGUUCCUAGUUUACAACAUCUAGAUUUAACCAACAAUAAUUUUACAGGAAGUUUGCCUAAGUCUCUUCAAAGAUUUCCAAGUUCUGCAUUUUCUGGUAAUAAUCUUUCAUCAGAAAAUGCCCUUCCUCCUGCUCUUCCAAUUCAUCCACCAAGUUCCCAACCAUCAAAAAAAUCCUCAAAAUUAAGUGAACCUGCAAUAUUGGCGAUUGCUAUUGGUGGCUGUGUACUGGGAUUUGUGGUUCUUGCUUUUAUGAUUGUUGUUUGCCACUCUAAGAAACAAAGGGAAGUUGGGUUAGCAACAAAGAACAAAGAGGUGUCUUUGAAGAAAACAGCUUCAAAGAGCCAAGAGCAGAACAACAGGCUAUUCUUUUUCGAGCAUUGUAGUCUUGCAUUUGACUUGGAGGACUUGUUGAGAGCAUCUGCAGAGGUUCUUGGUAAGGGAACGUUUGGGAUAGCUUAUAAGGCCGCACUCGAGGAGGCAACCACAGUGGUGGUGAAGAGGUUGAAGGAAGUGGCUGUGCCAAAAAAGGAGUUUGAGCAGCAAAUGAUUGCCGUUGGGAGUAUUAGGCAUGUGAAUGUGUCUCCAUUAAGGGCGUAUUACUAUUCCAAGGAUGAGAGACUAAUGGUCUAUGAUUUCUAUGAAGAGGGCAGUGUGUCUGCAAUGCUACAUGUUAAGAGAGGGGAGGGCCAUACUCCUAUGGACUGGGAAACAAGGCUGAAAAUUGCAAUUGGUGCAGCAAGGGGCAUUGCUCAUAUCCACACACAGAAUGGUGGCAAACUUGUCCAUGGAAACAUAAAAUCCUCAAACAUUUUCCUCAAUUCCCAAGGAUAUGGCUGUGUAUCAGAUAUCGGUUUGGCAUCAUUGAUGAGCCCAAUGCCCCCACCAAUAAUGAGGGCUGCAGGCUAUCGUGCCCCAGAAGUAACAGACACCAGGAAAGCAACCCAUGCAUCUGAUGUCUACAGUUAUGGGGUUUUUCUGCUCGAGCUUCUCACUGGAAAAUCCCCCAUGCAUACCACAGGUGGUGACGAGGUUGUUCACUUGGUGAGGUGGGUGAAUUCUGUGGUGAGAGAAGAGUGGACCGCUGAAGUAUUUGAUUUAGAGCUGUUAAGGUAUCCUAAUAUCGAGGAGGAAAUGGUGGAGAUGCUACAGAUAGGACUGUCUUGUGUAGUGAGGAUGCCAGAGCAGAGACCCAAAAUGCCUGAUGUGGUGAAAAUGGUGGAGGAAAUUCGGCAAGUAAGCACCGAAAACCCACCAUCCUCUGACAGUAAACUAGAAAUUUCAGUUGCAACCCCAUCACCACAAGCAGCUGAAGUAGGUUCUUCCUCUUCUGUUCAUUAGUGAGAUUGUUUCUUCCUGCUAUUAGUUGUUGUAAUACAAUUUUUGUCUUUAAUUUUUUGAAUUGGGCAGUUGGUUUGGGUUAAUUGAGUUUAUUUGCUGUAUAUCUUUAUAUUUCUGUGACAAAUUUUGUCAUGAAGUUAGUUUAACUACCCACUUCAAGCCUCCAACUGUAGGCGAAGACAAGUUGGGUUCUCUUCUGUUGUAUUAUUUAGUCAGGACUUCGAUGUUAUGCCUACGAGUCUGCAAUUUUUGCAGCAUAAUGUAACUCGAUCUCUCUCUGUAUUUUGAAA